CUUUCCACCGCAUCCAAAAAGCUUUUACUUCACGCUGACAUACACACAAAGCAAAAUCCCCUACCCUUCUUCACUGCUUCACCACUUCAAAAUUUCACCCCAAAACCCAAUCCCUAACUUUUACAAUUACAAUUACCAUCGCCAUCACUCUCUCUUUCUCAAUCCUCCUUCGGCAAUAGAAUCCCUCAAACCAACAAUUCACACUCUCACACAUACAGCAACCAACUUACCGAACCAUGUAUUUGUCGGAGAAACCGCGUCCAAUCGACUUCUACAAGGAGGAAGGUGCGCGCGAUAUGAUGAUCGAGGUGGUCUCCAACGGCGAACUGCCGCCGCCGCCGCCGCACCACCCGCCGCCGAUGAUCCUCGGCGAGAGCAGCGGAGAAGACCCCGAGGUGGAGAUCAAGGCCCCCAAGAAACGGGCGGAGACGUGGGUGCAGGACGAGACGCGCUCGCUCAUUGGCCUCCGCCGCGAGAUGGACGCGCUCUUCAAUACCUCCAAGUCCAACAAGCACCUCUGGGAACAGAUAUCCUCCAAGAUGAGGGAGAAGGGUUUUGAUCGCUCUCCCACCAUGUGCACCGAUAAGUGGCGCAACCUGCUAAAGGAGUUCAAGAAGGCAAAGCACCAGGACCGUGGAGGGAGCGGCUCUGCUAAGAUGUCGUAUUACAAGGAGAUUGAUGAGAUCCUCAGAGAGAGGAGCAAGAACGUGCAGUACAAGAGUCCCACUCCUCCGCCAAAGGUUGAUUCUUUCAUGCAGUUUGCUGAUAAAGGUAUUGAUGAUACUAGCAUCUCUUUUGGGCCUGUAGAAGCUACUGGAAGACCAACACUAAAUCUUGAGAGAAGUUUGGAUCAUGAUGGGCAUCCGCUUGCCAUUACCACAGCUGAUGCUGUUGCAGCUAGUGGAGUCCCUCCUUGGAAUUGGAGAGAGACUUCUGGAAAUGGUGGAGAAAGUCAGUCAUGUUGUGGAAGGGUUAUAUCAGUUAAAUGGUGUGAUUAUACAAGACGAAUAGGUAUUGAUGGCACUCCAGAAGCCAUCAAAGAGGCAAUCAGGGCUGCUUUUAGGUUGAGAACUAAACGCGCAUUUUGGUUGGAGGAUGAGGACCAGAUUAUCCGAAGUAUUGACCGUGAAAUGCCUAUUGGAAGUUAUACUCUUCACCUUGAUGAAGGAAUGGCCAUUAAAUUAUGUCUCUAUGAUGAGUCUGAGCACCUUCCUGUGCAUACUGAAGAUAAGGUAUUUUACACUGAAAAUGAUUAUCGUGAUUUUCUGACCCGCCGGGGUUGGGUGUGUCUAAGAGAAUUUGAUGGAUAUAGAAAUAUUGACAAUUUGGAUGAUCUUCGACCUGGUGCCAUAUAUCGUGGUGUGAGUUGAAAAGUAGAUGGCAUGAUCAAAUUCUCUGGAGAACUAUGGUGGGGUCUGUUCAGGUUUUUGAUAUAUGUGCGACACUAACCUGAAAUUGUAUAAGUUUUACAUUUGAUAACGCUGUUUAUAGUUUUUUGAUAGGAAAAUUAACUAGCCCUUCUGCACAAAAAUCCGUUUCAAUCAAUGGCGUUUACAUGUCUGUAAAUAUGCAUUUGCAGUGACAACAUAUUAUUAUUGUCUAGAUUUUUUAAUGGAUCAUUUUCGUCAAAUUUUGGUA